CGAUAUUAGACUUGAUUUGUUUUUUCAGUGGCCCGAUUUCGAUUCUUCCAUUUUUUUUGUUUCUUUGUUUUCUUAGACUUUGUUAAGACAAAAUGAAACGACCAUUUCUUCUCUUGUCUGUGGUAUGGCUGCUCAUCAUACAAGAGUCUACAACAGAUGCACAGGAUGCCGAUGACGACAGUCGAUGUGAAGUCGGCUGUGACCUUGACACCAACGACCUAGUUUGCGGUUCGAACAACAAGACGUACCGGAACGAGUGCGAGCUGUACGCGGAGAACCGCUGCUAUCGUCGCGCGAGCCCUUACCUGACUGUCGCCUACAACGAGGUUUGCACUCGGAGCAGAAGAUGCAAAGACAGCUGCGAAAAUAGCACGAAACCGGUCUGUGGCUCAAACCUCAAGACCUACCCCAGCGCUUGCCAUCUGUACGCCGAAAACCUCUGUCUCCAACCGAAGAACCCAGUGUAUAUCGCGUACACUGCCGAAUGCGCCAGAGGGCGCUGCCUGUUUGCUUGUUUGUACGUGUACGAUCCAGUCUGCGGCUCCAAUAAGAAAACGUACGCCAGCAGCUGUGAGUUAUAUUCCGAGAACUGUCGCCUGAGGCCGAACGGGCCGUUUGUCACAAUCAUCUAUCCUGGGGAGUGCGAUAAAACACCUUGCGAUAUCAAGUGCAGCAUGGAGUACAAGCCAAUUUGCGGAGACGAUUCCAUCACCUACUCUAAUAAGUGCCACCUGGACGCUAAGAACGCUUGUAAUGGACCCGAUAUUACGAGUGUCGAAGUGUCAUACGAAGACGAGUGUUACGUGAACGCUCAAGGCUACGGGAACCCGUGUAACAGAGCGUGCACCCGAGAGAACAACCCAGUUUGCGGCAGUAACGGCGUCACGUACAGCAACCCUUGCUUACUAAGAGUGUUUAACGACUGCGACAACCUGAACGGACCCCCUGUGACUAUCCAGUACUACGGAGAGUGCAGAAGACCUCGACCUGGAGGCUAUUAACUGGAACAAAGCUCCAUACUUUUGUGACCUAAUUGCGCAGGGCGUCACGUGAACUUAUUAAAUGUAAUAUGAACUAAGAAA